GCCACUUCCGCCUACCUCCCGGAAAUGACUUCCUUUGCGACAGGGCGUCUGCGCAGGGUUCGCGUGGUGACCCGCUAGGCGGAGUCGCGCUGUUUGCGGGUCUUCACGCGGGUCAGGGGCUUACGGCGAGGGUGUCAUGUCAGACAACGAGGACAAUUUUGAUGGCGAUGACUUUGAUGAUGUGGAGGAGGAUGAAGGGUUAGAUGACUUGGAGAAUGCCGAGGAGGAAGGCCAGGAGAAUGUGGAGAUACUCCCCUCUGGAGAGCGACCGCAGGCCAACCAGAAGCGAAUCACCACACCAUACAUGACCAAGUAUGAGCGAGCCCGUGUGCUGGGGACCCGAGCUCUCCAGAUCGCGAUGUGUGCCCCUGUGAUGGUGGAGUUGGAGGGGGAGACAGACCCUUUGCUCAUCGCCAUGAAGGAGCUCAAGGCCCGGAAGAUCCCCAUCAUCAUUCGCCGCUACCUGCCUGAUGGGAGCUAUGAAGACUGGGGGGUAGACGAGCUCAUCAUCACCGACUGAGCUGGGGUCAUCCUGACCUCACCCCUGCUCACUUUCAUCCUCAUUUUAUGUGACAGCUGUAAAUAAUAAACUAUUCAACUUUCCAGCCCCUCCA